AUGACCGAGGAGGACUGUGGGAUUUUCAAUAAAAUCAAAUUGUUUUUUAAAGUGAUGUUUUUAAGUGUUUCACAUAUGGACACUUUCAAUAUGUGGAAUAUCCCUAUCUCAUUUUGGAACUUUCAUAAAAGUAUUACACUCAAUGAAAAAGAAAUUCCAUUUAUUCAGAAAUACUCACACCUUGUUUUAUACACUUUUGAUAGUAUCAUCAUUUGGAAGUGGUCAUGUGAAGAUCUUGAUUUAUCGGAUCUUAAUUGCAUGAGUAUUGAAAUCAACAACACUGAUCACAAAGAGUUUACUGUUCAAAUUAGGACAACAGUAAAACGUGUUAAAACGGACUCCUUAAAAGAAAUUCACUUUUUCUGUUCACAAGAAAUCGAAAUCGAAGUUUUAAAAAAAAUGGAUUACAACACACUUUGUCCAACUAAAAUGACCGACUUUUUUGAAUUACCUCCCAACUAUGAUAUCAUCAUUGAAGAAAGGGAAUAUAAUAGACGCCUUUUAAAAUGUCCAGAAAGUCUUUUGAAUCUGCCAGAGUUUGUCAAGAUGUCUCCAGAUGAGCAAUUCAAUUACCGCGUUUUUGUGAAUUUAGUAGCUGAUCUUGAAGUACUUGAAUUGGUUACACACGGUACACCAGUCAGAGAAAAGCACAUCAUUUCACCAACAAAAACAGUCAUUUCCGAUCAAGUAGAUAUGGCAAAUUUAUCGUUUGUAAACGUUUCCUUUGAUUGUUUUGACUUUGCAAAACUCCCAACUUCAUUGACUUCGAUAAAAUUGUCAAAUUUAUAUAACCAACCAAUCAAUUUGGCUGUUGUCGUGCUUAAAGAGAUCACCUGUGAUUAUUGCAGAAAUAUUAAUAUCACACUUAACACUGCAUUGAAGUCAAUUGAUUUGAACGAGUGUUAUAAAGUGUUUUUUAAUAGUCCACAAGGUGCUGUCUAUUUAACUCACUUUGACUCGUAUCACACUUACCAUACCAGUGGUAAAAACAUAGUUGUCGAUUACUUAAUCCCUUACAAAGAAAAGUGCGAACAAGGCCCGUGCUGGGCAGACAGUGUAGCUGAAGGGUUUAAUUAUAUUAAAGGGAUGGUAUAUACAACACCCGGAUUUUCUUCAAGUGAAAAUGGGUAUUGGUGUGAAGACCCCCUUGGUAUACCAACGAAACCAGCUAACAUCCUUGCUCAUAGGACUUGCUAUAAGAAGGACAUUGUUUAUAUCUGGUUUAGAGCAAUUAAGGAUAUUGGUGACUUCUGUUUCUGUGAGUGUAAUUUUAAAAGUAGACCAAAAAUUGAGUUAAGUGACGAGUUGACACAUCUGGGUAUUGGGGCUUUCAGUGGCGCAAUUAAUCUUGAGAGUGUUAGAUUGCCUGUUGGAUUAACAAAACUGCCGUACAAAGCGUUCUAUAAUGUCACUAGCCUCACUGAAAUUAAAACAAACGAGACACAAAUUGAAAUAGACGACUUUACAUUGUAUGGGUGCAGUAAGUUGGAGAAAUACCCAAAGUUUGUUGUUGCAAAAGGAGCGAAUUACAGUGAUAAAUUCUUGAUCAAAUUCUGUGAGUUGAAAAACAUAGAAAUUGGGAGGGAAGUAACAAAAUUGUGGAAAAGAUCUUUUGCAGAUUGCACAACGUUGACUGAAAUUAAAAUACCUCAAAGUGUGUUAUUUGUCGACGAUUUAUCGUUUGUUGGGUGUUCAAAUUUACAAAACAUUUUAUUUGAUGAAAAUGUUGUAUUAGGAAAACACUUGUGCUUUGCAAAUUUGGUCAAUUUAGUUAAUAUAAAACUGCCAACUACACUCACAAAAAUACGAAAUUUUAUGUUUAAAAAUUGUGUUUCGUUGUUGAAUAUACAAAUUCCAAGUUCUGUCAUUCAAAUUGAAGAUAUGGCGUUUUAUGGUUGUCGUUCAUUACAGUAUUUUGUUGUUCCACUUACAGUUAAAAGUGUUGGAUUGAUGUGUUUUAAAGACUGCACUUCACUUUCUUCAUUAAGUUGUUGUGUUUCUCUUCAACUACCAAAAUCAACUUUGAUGGGUACUAAUGCUUUAAUAACUCAUUUUUGA